AGUUUUAACUGACCUCACACGAAACAGCGCGCUUUACCAAAACUUUGCCAAAUUAUAGCUUGUUUUGACAUAUUUAGCUACUCAUUAUCUUCUCUUUUAGGUCAUGUGUGAUAUGAGGACUACUGUCUAAUCAAGCUCUUUGGUUUAGUGUCUUUUUUAUGUUUUGAUAGCUGAUAAAAAGGCUCAUAGGUUUUAAGGUUGCGUCUGUGUACAACGAUUUUGUUUUGGAUGGAUGAGCACAAGGAGAACAUUUGUUCAGAAAACGGCAGAUUGAAGAUGUCUGAUAUACGAAGACACGAUAAAGAUAAGUCUUGCAUUAGGAUAUAUGCAGAUGAAGAUCCUGUCCCGAAUACGUCCUCACCUCCGUCUAAUGGAGACUACAGUCAUCCUGUGUAUAAAGAAAUUGCUUUGGCCAAUGGGCAGAUCAACCGCAUGUCUAAAGAAGAGCUUCGGAAGAAACUGUCCGAUCUAAAGCUUGACACAAGAGGUGUAAAGGAUGUCAUGAAGAAAAGGUUGAAGAGCCACUACAAGAAGCAAAAGCUGCAGCAGUCAGCAGCCGAGGGAGGCCCUACUGACACAUACUAUGACUACAUUUGUGUGGUGGAUUUUGAAGCAACGUGUGAAAAGGAUAACCCACCAGGAUUCAAGCAUGAAAUUAUUGAAUUUCCAAUGGUUCUUGUCAACACAGAGACUUUGGAAAUUGUGGACUCUUUCCAGGAAUAUGUUAAGCCAGAAUUGAACCCACAACUUUCCGAGUUCUGUAUAAAUCUAACCGGAAUCACUCAGAAAAUGGUUGAUGAGGCAGAUCCUUUUCCAGUUGUCCUUGAGAAAGCUGUAGCUUGGCUUCAAGAACGAGAGCUUGGGACAAAAUACAAAUAUGCCAUUCUGACUGAUGGGGCUUGGGACAUGAGCAAGUUUCUGAACAUCCAGUGUUCCAUAAGUCGUAUCAGAUAUCCUCAGUUUGCAAAGAAAUGGAUAAAUAUAAGGAAAUCAUAUGGAAAUUUUUAUAAGGUCCCACGGCCGCAGACAAAGCUGAGCACAAUGUUGGAUAAAUUGGGUCUGAAGUACGAAGGCCGCCCUCACUCUGGUUUGGACGAUUCUAGAAACAUUGCCCGAAUCGCUCUGCGGAUGCUGCAGGAUGGGUGCCAGUUGCGGGUCAAUGAGCGCAUUCACGCUGGUCAGUUACACUCAGUUCCCAGCUCUGCCCCAGUGGAAGGAGCUCCUCCACCACACAAUCCCCGCUCUAGAGAGUAACCAACGGUCUACAUACUGGCCUUAAAACAAAUUUAUUUUUGAUGUUUGUGGGUUAUGAAAACGUUGACUGUCGACAGACUAAAGGGUGCCAUGUGCCAGUUUACAGUUUCUGUUAGAGAAGUUGAAGACCCACCAGUGUUUAUUCUUUUGUCAUUGAAUAAAUACUGCUUAAUUUGUUACCUAUAAUUAAAGGUAAAUUGCCAAUAGAUGUCUUGUCACAUCACAUACAUGUUUAAAGCACUUUUAUUGUGUUGAAGUUUAGUCAUCCAGUAUAAAGUCUAGACUUUAUAUUGAAUUGGUAUUUUGACACAAGAUUCAAACUUUGUGAUAUUUUUGUACAACAGUAGAGUAAUAUCCAGAGUUAAUAUUUCACUAUUUGGUUGUCAACUUGUAAUCUGUGCCUAAUGUGAGCAGAAAAUUAUAGACUGUUCAGAAAAAUUAACAAUGAAUAAAUCCUUUAUGAAA